AUGGCAUCAUCUAGCGUUCCGAAGAGAGCGAAGGCCAAGGACAAAACCUCUAGAGCAACAAGUAACAAUGGUGGCGUGAAAGCCUCAAAGGGCUUUCGAGCGACAACUGCCCAAACCGACAAGAGGAUUGACGCCAAAGGAAUUCUCAAGGCGGCAUUGGAAGUUGAUUUUACCAACAAAAGUCAGGUCGCAUCGUUCGAAACUCAGUACAAGCAAAAGUUAAUGGGGAGGUCACGCGCUCGGACUAUUCUUUCUGUUCUGGCCAAGAAAGAGGAUUCGUCUCAUUAUGCUGGGUGGUCGGAUGGGAAGACUAAGGAAUUCCUUCACUGGAUAUUGAAGGGAUAUCACAAUCUCCUAGAGAAUCCGGACGGCACGGGGACUUACCCAAUACACUCGGCACUGCUGCAAAGGCACACCGCUUUCAUCGACGCAGUCUUGAGCUUUCCAGAUCUAAUUAACAUUAACACGGUGCUCACCAUGGAGGGCCAGUUUGGGAAUGCCUUACACAUCGCCCUGGAGUCAUGCCCGUCGUCCUUCAAUCCGUUGGUGGAGAGGUGCAGUCAAUUCGCCAGCAUGUUCACAGCCAAACGGCUAAUAAACGGAAACACCCCUUUACAUGAUUGCAUGUCAUUUAACUUCGACGCAGAUGGAGAAUAUGACAGUGAGGCGGAAAUGGAAGAGGAUGAGGAAGGAGAAGGAAAAGAUAGCGAGGAUGAGGACGGCGAGGAUGAGCCCGAAAGCGACGACGAAUAUGCCGUCAGUAUGGCCUCAGACGAGGAACAUACCGGACAAUUUGUGAGUAUGAAUCACCGCCACAGUGUAAACAACAGAACUGGGCACCCAGAUGGGCUUGCAAUGAAACGCACGCAAUCAAUCAAAGCCACAAACAAUCUCGAAUAUCCCGCUGAUCGCCUCCCGUACGUCCAACUGCUUGUUGAGAGCUAUGACUCCGCUCUCUACUGCUACAAUCACGACAAGAGAACGCCAUAUCAGGAAAGACUUCACCAACUUGAGGCAUACUUCAAGAGACCCUCGACUCCAGUACCCAAAGACACGAAAUUCGAAGAUUGGGCAACUAAAGAUCCGAUAGCCUCUUACAUUCGAUCUUAUUGCAUAAGGAACUUUACUCGGAACAAGGUCACCAAAUGUCUAUACAAUACCGGUAAAGAAAAGCAGAUUGAAUUCGACCUUGGAGGGUUGGGCAGGGACACUAUCUCCAAUGAAUACCUUGACCAACUGUCAAGCCAUUUGAAGUUCGAAAGCAUCUUGAAGUAUGUAGCACUACCUAGGCUCGUUAUGGAAGGUCGGCCCCGUGCGCCGAAGUCAAAAUCUGUUACCAAACAGGGCAUCCGCGGCCGGUCUGACUUGAAUGCUGUGUUCGAGUGGCUGAAGAGAAAUAAGGUGGAAAAGAUCGUCAAGGUCAUUGUGCUGGAUGACCAGGAACCCUGUCAUGCUGAUUCCAGUAUAGAAAAUGCGCUGAAGGAUUUUGAUGUUGAGAUAUGGGAUUGGAAAAGACUAGAUCUCAGCACCGAUGUUAUACGAAACUCAACAAGCGUCUGCCUAUUGUACUUGGCUGAUAAUCCUCAGGGCUAUGAACAUCCGGAUCGUUUGACUCGAUACAUCAAUGAUUUCAGAGUCAAGGUUGAGGAAAGGAGCAAAAGGCGCAUAACCGUUUCUGAUUUCCGAGACGAUCGAAGUAGCAGCCACGCAUCCGAAAUCCUAGGACGGGCAGGAGAUUCUCAGAGGGAAAGCCCGUGGAUCCACUGCAUGCUCAGGCUUUCUCGCCUACUAAUAACCGCUUGCCUAGACAAGGUUGAGCCGGUCAAGGUCGCUAUCAUUGAUGACGGCGUAGAUGUGUCCCUUGAGAGCCUGAAAGAGAAGAUCGCCUUUGGCCAGUCGUUCUGUCCAUACGCCAACUCCACCGACAUGAUGAGCCCGUACUUCGUAUCAAUGAGUAAUCACGGCACCUCUAUGGCUACCUUGAUAUGUAACAUUUGUCCAAUGGUCAAAUUAUAUAUUGCGAGGCUCGACCAGCGUCAGACAUCAAACAGCAGCCAACGACAUAUCACCGCCGAUUCUGCUGCCCAGGCCGUACGAUGGGCCACAGACUGUGGUGUCGAUAUCAUAUCGAUGAGCUGGACAAUCGAGACCCCUGUGACGGGAAAUCCCGAGAUGGAAAGUCUUCAGGAAGCUGUCCGACGGGCAAGCAACCACAACAUUGUCAUGUUCUGUUCGACAAGUGACCAGGGUAGCAUGACAAACGAUCAUAACUGCUAUCCAGGUGACUUUGGAGGUUGCAUCAGGAUUGGAAGCGCGAGCAAUACGGGUGAUGCCAUGGCAUGGGUCAAGGUUGAGAAAGUCGACUUCCUCCUCCCUGGAUCUAAUGUGCCCUUUUCCGUCACCGAAGGCAAGACAAACCUACAUGAAUCCGGCAGUUCCAUUGCCACAGCUGCUGCAUCAGGUCUUGCAGCAUUUCUGAUAGCCUGCAGCUGGCUCUUAGAUAAAGAGGACAACUAUUUCAAAGACUACAACAACAUGAAGAGGGCAUUUCAAAAUCUGGCUCAGGGGCAUAAAUUUCCUGCAGUGUCUGAGAGGCUGGAGAAGCUCUUUAUGCGGAAGCUAGAAAGAAUCCUGGGAAAGGAUGAGAAAACUGUUAGUGAACUGCCUAUGGAGUGGUCGGACGAAUGUGAGAGGGCACUAGGUGAGAUCAUAAACGGGAUCAAGGAUACAACAUGA